UUGCCAGGGGCGCCACGCCGCUGCAUCACCAGCACGCUUCGCUCCCGCCCCCGCCCCCGCCCCCGUCCCUGGGGCAAGGCUGGCGCCGGGUCUCCUCAGCCGCAUGAAGCAAGUGCUUUCCAGCUCUGGCCUCGCCCCCCGAAUCUGCGCGCCUCAGCGGGGAACCCCAGGUCUCCUCCUGCUGCGGCCUCCUGGCUCAGAGGGCCCCCUCCUGUGCUGAGACACCCUACAGUACCCCGAGGACACGUCGGCCCGGGAGAGGCGGGAGGCGGAUCCUACUUCUGUUUCCGCCAAGGCGCCCCGGCCCAGGCGUUCGGUGCUGCUUGAGCCACCCCAGCUCCGCUCACUGGGCCUCAGUUUCCCUGCCUUUAAAAGAAAGACGCGGGGGUAGAUGUGAGGCCGUUCAGUUCAGGCGCUCGGUCGUGUCCGACUCUUUGCGACCCCCAUGGGCUGCAGCACGACAGGGCUUCCCUGUCCAUCACCAACUCCCGGCGAUGUGGGGCAGGGUGUUUGAAAAAGGACGGACUGGUGUGUGCCUCGACCCCCGGCCCAGCGGGCAGCUCCGGCGGCGUGGGCGGGACUGCCACGUGACCCGAUUGCUGUGGCAGCGGCGGUAACAAUCAGGCCCGCGGCCCCGCCCCUUCUCACCCCUGCUCUCCCACCCCACCCACCCCUCCUCACAAGCCCCGGGAAGGGCCUCCCCGCCCCUCCCGGGCCCCAGACACCUGCGGAGACUCUCCGGCUUCAGGGCGCUCCAUUGAGUGAAGGCCGCUCUAGGACAACCAAGCUUCCUCCGUGCCCCGGUGAGCACGUAGAAUGAUGAAUGAGGUGAAGGAGUCCCUGCGGAGCGUGGAGCAGAAGUACAAGAUCUUCCAGCAGCAGCAAUUCACCUUCAUUGGGGCCCUGGAACACUGCAGGGAGAAUGCCCACGACAAGAUCCGGCCCAUCUCCAGCAUCGGACAGGUGCAGAGCUACAUGGAGCACCACUGCAGCAACUCCACAGACCGGCGCAUCCUGCUCAUGUUCCUGGACAUCUGCUCGGAGCUCAGCAAGCUCUGCCAGCACUUCGAGGCCCUGCACGCUGGCACCCCCGUCACCAACAACCUCCUCGAGAAAUGCAAGACCCUCGUGAGCCAAAGCAAUGACCUGAGCAGCCUGCAAGCCAAAUACCCCCACGACGUGGUGAACCACCUCAGCUGUGACGAGGCCCGGAACCACUAUGGAGGUGUGGUCAGUCUCAUCCCCAUCAUCCUAGACCUGAUGAAAGAGUGGGUCGCCCACUCGGAAAAGCUGCCCCGCAAAGCGCUGCAGCAAGUGAGUGAGCCCCAGGCAGCCACGCGGGCCACCGCGCACGUUCCCCAGGCCUCAGGCACCAAGCCCCAGCUUCGGAAACAAAAUUGUGGGCAACUGAUACAGAACGUCCCCAAACCUGGGGGGAAAGACCAAGGAAGUUCAAAACCGCCCUGGAGACCACCUGGUGGGAAGCUGUAACUCGGAGCUGGGGGGGGCCCGCCCGACCCCAGCCCUGCCCCACCCCAUCGCGCUCCCUCCCAUCCCAUCCUGCGGGGCACCCUGUAACUAAGCCUGGUUUCCACCAGCUGAUCCAUCUGUACUGGUGCUCACCAUCCUCGCCAUUUACUAAUCCCUGGGGGCCGCCCCACCGACAACCUACAAACUCUUUCCCUCUAGCGCUUUAACCUCUAACUUUCCUUCGCCUCUGAGUGUCAGGCCCUGUGCCCAGGAGGAGCACCCCCAUUUACAUUGCCGCUGGUGGGUUCGGGGAGGAGGGUGGGCCCCCAGAAGGGCUGGGGCGCUGACCCUCCCACCCAGGCCCAGUUACACAGCCGGAGGAGACCGCGCGGCUCCCUUCUGGCCGCGGGACAGCUGCUCCGGCCUGAGGAUGCUCGAUGGGGUCAGGCCUCUGGACCAAAGGGGAACAAGCCGCCCAGCCUCUCCUUUCGAGAGAGACGGGGAGAAGCCAGAAGAACUGCCAGUGUGGCUCCUGCAGGACGGUCGCCUGGUCCUCACGACCUAACUGCAGCCCAGACGCUGGGACUGUGGCGUUGGUGCUGAGCCUGCCAGAGGUGCUGUCUCACUGUUGGUUUUUCCCUUCACAGGGGGCGACUUAGCUUCUGUAUUCUUGCUUCCUCGGGGGCGACAGUCAAGAAUAAAAACGUGUUCUGGCA